GGUUAAUCACUUCCGGGUCAAAUUUGGUGGCGUUGUUUUCAUAUUUCUGUUUUUCGUCAUCAGCUCCACGUUAUCUGGUAGAUUUAUCGUGGCAUUUCAUGUGUUGUACUUUUGGAUAUCUCACUACCAAACACCCCGAUUCGAUAUUGAUUAUCUGCAAAAGUAGGCUACAGUUUGUAAACUCAAUAACAAUUACUGCUGCUAACAAGUUAAUAGCUAGCUAAAGUUACCAGCUAGGUAGCUAUGUCGCCAAGCAGUUGUUGACAUAGCUCGCUAGCUACAAAGCUAAUCCAAUUAGCUAAUGUCGGCCAGCUAUCAAACAUUUAAGCUGUUCGGCGGUCCCUGUGUUCCCUCCUAAAGCUUUGGAAUGGGCAGUCAUUUCCGCAGUUACAUCUGGGACCCGGUCCUCAUUUUGUCUCAGAUUUUGUUGAUGCAAUGCAUCUACUACAGCUUCCUGGGUUUGUGGCUGGCUGUUGUGGACAGUCUUGUACAAACCAACAGAUCACUGGACCAGAUCUUCAGUUAUGAGGUUCUUGGAUUUGCAACAAUGCAGGGCAGACUCUCAAUGAUGGCGUUCAUCUUGAACUCACUUACCUGUGCCCUGGGCCUGUUGUUCUUUAUCCGCCGAGGGAAGCAGUGUCUGGACUUCACUAUCACCGUGCACUUCUUCCACAUGAUAGGCUGUUGGCUCUACAAUGCCCACCUCCCGGCGGCCCUGUCCUGGUGGCUGGUCAACGUGGCCUGCAUGGCUCUGAUGGCCGUGAUUGGAGAGUACCUAUGCAUGCGGACUGAGCUCAGGGCCAUCCCAGUCAACAGUGGACCUAAGUCUAACCUUUGACUGCUGACCACCUGACCCCACUCUGUGACUCUGGCUCAUUCCCUGUGAACUGUUCACUGACAGUAUUCUGCCCAGUAUGAUGUAGGGUAUGACAUUUGUGCCCAAAGACUUGGUGGGACUGGGAUGUCAGCUGCUAUAACGCAGUAGUUGGAUCUAGAGACAGAGAUGCUCCAAGUUGGAACAUUGCACACCUCUCAAUAGAUUCAAGGACUUGGAAAUUAACUGAAAUGGUGCUGGUUGCUGUAUUUAUUUGUAAACAUGUACUACCUGUCUAACAGUGAAUGCUAACUUUUUCCUCGACCCACUAAGAUAUCACUUGCUUUGAGACAGUUCGAAGCAGAGUUUAGUUUGUCCUACAAAGAGCUUAAAGGUUUCAUGAUUUAAUUAAAUAAUGAUGAUAUCACAUGAUUGUGGCAAAAUGAUUGUCAUGCACAUGCUUUCGGUUAUGUCCUUUCCAGUUGAAAAAAAAAAAACUAUAACAAACUAGUCAUACAUGUAAACAGAUCACCACGUAUGGAAUUAUAUUUUAUUCCUCAUUAUAGUUUGUGAGCUUGAGGGGUGAAAGGAAUCAGCAAUGCUCAUCCGUACGUCAACAUUAUGAAGUUAACAUGACAACGCUGUAGGAGCAGCAAGUAUCUGAUAAUCAUCGCUUAGCAUGAUCAUAGUGUUGUGUGUGUACAAGAUGUGAUGCUGUGGAGAGCAGAUGGCUCCUCUGGGGAUGGUCUGUCAGCCACCAGCUGUGUUCUGACAAGAUGCUGUCACUGUGUGUGUGCCUGACUGUGCUCGAUGGUGCAGUGACUGCCAUCUAUGGUCAAAUUAUACGUAAACCUAUUUUAGUAAG